CUAAUUGAACUUCGCCCAAUCAACAAUAACUAGUUAGCAGUUGCUUGCUUUUUCUUGUUCCUUGAGACAGUUUAUUCCUCGCAGGAAUCGCCCCCAGCCACUACCCGUUAUACUUUCUAAAGAUCUUCAUGGAACUUCGCAGAGGAACUGUCUCUCUCUGGAAGGGAAUACAAUUCCGUUGCCUGUGAAACUGCAGCCUACGCCCGAAGUAUGGUUAUUUUGGAGAAAACAUUUCAGACAAGUGAAGUUGCAAGAUUCGACUGAAAGUCAUAAAAAAAGUGGGUUGUGAAGAAGACGCGAAUCGAAGGAAACACUCGUGGACGUUUAAACUAGCAUUUGAAUGAAAUAAUCAGCCUUUGUCAGCAGUAAUUCCAUUGGACUGCCGAUGACCUCCAGUAAAGACAUGAAGGCAGGCUCCGUGUUGCAGUCCAGCAGCGAGGAGAGGAGACGGGGUCCUUUGGACCAGCUUCCACCCCCGGCCAACUCCAACAAGCCACUGACGCCGUUCAGUAUCGAGGAUAUUCUAAACAAACCCUCGGUGAAGAAAUCAGUUGCUAAUCUCUGUCCACCGAGAGUUAUUGAAAAAGUGUCCGGCUCAAACGCAGCAAGGAACGGCAUUACCACUCCUUCUUCGCCGUUAUGCGCUCUGGAGGAACUAGCCAGCAAAACAUUUAAAGGUCUUGAAGUCAGCGUUAUACAAGCAGCUGAAGGUCGUGAGCAUGUGAACGCCUUUGGACAGAGGCAGACCUCAAAAAAGAGGAGAAAGUCCCGGACAGCUUUCACCAACCAUCAGAUAUAUGAACUCGAGAAGCGCUUUUUGUACCAGAAAUACCUGUCCCCGGCCGACCGAGACCAGAUAGCUCAGCAACUGGGGCUAACCAACGCUCAGGUCAUCACCUGGUUUCAGAACAGACGGGCCAAGCUCAAGAGAGACUUGGAAGAGAUGAAAGCGGACGUGGAGUCGCUAAAGAAAAUACCACCACAAACCCUGCAAAAGCUAGUCACCAUGGAAGAAGACAUUGACGACCAGCAAGGAAGCAUCUCCCCGUCGUCACAAGGACACCGAGCAUUUCCACAGUCCCCCUCUUCAUCCAGAGAUCAAACCACGGACGAAUUCUCAGAGGAGGACGAAGAGAUUGAGGUGGACGAUUGACAGUAGGCCCAUGUUUUAAGAAAGGGCAUUUUUAACUUUUGCACGGAUAUUGACGGCGGGAGAAGUGAAACUAAAAAAAGGAAAGUUUACUUUCUCCUCUUCUCCAUUUUAAUUUAUUAAUAGGACUGUAAAGUCUUUUUCAAUUUCACCAAAUUAUUUGAGGAAUAGCCUACAUCUUUAUUUUAAUUGGAUAUGAAAAAUACUUAGUGUUUUGGUACAGGAUCAUGACUGCAAAAUGUAUAUGUACAUUUAACGCUGGGGGUGGG